AACGGAAGAAUCUUGUGCAGAUUUUCAAUAAUACACCAGAAUGUCGGCCUACGCAAUGCCAGAGAUGUACUUCAACAUAGACCAUGGUUAUCUCGAAGGUCUUGUUCGAGGAUUUAAAGGAGGGAUCUUAAAACAGGCGGAUUAUCUAAAUCUUGUACAGUGUGAAAGUCUGGAUGACCUGAAGCUUCAUCUACAGAGCACUGACUAUGGAAACUUCCUUGCCAAUGAGCCAAGUCCUUUGACAGUAUCUGUUAUUGAUGACAAACUUAAGGAAAAACUUGUUAUUGAGUUCCAGCAUCUCCGUAACCACUGCUUGGAACCUCUUGCCACAUUUCUGGAUUAUAUAACGUAUAGUUACAUGAUAGACAAUAUCAUUCUGCUUAUUACCGGCACACUUCACCAGCGACCAAUUAAUGAACUGAUCCCCAAGUGUCACCCUCUUGGAAGCUUUGAACAAAUGGAGGCCAUACACAUAGCUGCUACUCCAGCUGAACUGUAUAAUGCUGUGUUGGUGGACACUCCACUUGCUCCUUAUUUCAUCGACUGCAUUUCUGAACAAGAUUUGGAUGAAAUGAACAUUGAGAUCAUCAGAAACACGCUGUACAAGGCAUACCUUGAAGAUUUCUACAGUUUCUGUAGUGAGCUGGGUGGUGCUACAGCAGAGGUCAUGUGUGAUGCUCUGGCAUUUGAGGCAGAUCGACGAGCUUUCAUUAUUACUAUCAACUCCUUUGGUACUGAGUUGACCAAGGAUGAUCGUGCAAAACUGUAUCCCCGCUGUGGGAAGCUGAACCCAUAUGGACUGACUCAGCUAGGCAGGGCAGAUGAUUAUGACCAAGUCCGUGCUGUUGCUGACAUCUAUGGUGAAUAUAAAGAAUUGUUUGAGGGAUCUGGUACCAACCCUGGGGACAAAACACUGGAGGAUAGAUUCUUUGAUCGUGAGGUACAACUGAUGAAAAAUUCCUUCAUGCAACAGUUUCAAAUGGGUACCUUUUACUCCUAUGUCAAACUGAAGGAGCAGGAAAACCGCAACAUCGUGUGGAUCGCUGAGUGUGUAGCACAAAGACAUCGUGCAAAAAUUGAUAGCUAUAUACCCAUCUUCUGAUCAGGAUUAACAGGCUGGAAAACUAAGAUUUGGGAGCAAAGAAGUUUGAAUCAAAACUGGAAGUCUCCGUUACACUUAGGAGAAGUCUUAGAUGUGAUCAGUUUUGGUUCUAAAGCUUUAUUCUUAUGAAGCAUAGAAUGAAAAUCUGUGGACUUCCAAUAAUUUGUUUUAAAGACUUUUUUAAACAUGAACAAACUUAUUUACAUGCAAAUUUAUUUAAAAAAAUAAAGUUUGAACACCGUAGAAUAGUAAUAAGUAUAAUAGUGUAAUAAGGAUAGGUGUGGAAAGACAUCAGAUUUUUUUUUUUUAAGUGAAAUGGAAUUUUGAAUUAGUCUAGUCUUCAAAAAUAUCACAUUUUGAUGUUAAGUUUAAUUUGGUUGUACUCACAUUAACACCAGUACUAGGUACAGUUUGCAGGGUAAUACAUCGGAAAAUAUUUGAAAUACUUCUGAUUACAGGUAGAUCAAAGGAUAUCCAUGAUAAGUGGUAGGGAGUUACCAUGUUGUCAUACUUCAAAAAGUGACGGUUUUACUUUAGAAUUGUUAGUGUUAAUAAGAUCAUUGGUUGACAUUGAUUCAACUUUGAAACCUAAGGUUGAGAAGAAAUCCAUUCAUAUGCAGGACAUUCCAGAUAUUUGUGUUAGGUUUAUAGUUAACGGUAUGCUAUAGUUACUUUCAUUUCUUUUUGAGUCAACGUUGGCGAAUCAGAAAUGAUUAUCAUAAGUUGUAUAAGUUUGGUACACUUUCAAUGGAUCUGUUGAAAAGAAAUACUUUCAUUAGUUUUAUUAUGAAAAAACAAUAGAACAUAGAAAAAAAUAUUUUGAUAAGAUCAUUCAAAAACCAAUAGAUAAUUUUAGUCAUUUUUAUUGUCUCACAAUAAUAUGAAUUUCAUUGAUUUUACAAGAGUUGUGAAACAAUUUCAACUUUUACUUAUCAUUUUUGUUAGCCAGAUGUAAGUGUGCAAGGAGUACAUAGAGGAUAUGAGGAAAACUAUGAGGUCAAACAGGUGACCCCAUACUUUUUCAUGUCUGUUCAGGGAAUCAAAACCAGGACUUCUAGGUGGAAGAUGGGUUCAUUACUAUUGUGCCACCAAACUACCCAUUAUUUCCCUCUCAUAUCUAGAUUGCAAAGAAAGGGGUUAAGUUUAAAAUAACAGAAUUUAACAGAACAAAAUAUUUCGAUUACAACCAAGUUAAAUUUACCAAAACAUUUUGAUAAUAACACCUGAAUACCACCCACAUAACUACAAGGACCAAACGGAUGAAUUUUUUAACAUGAUAUUGAAGUAAUUUGUGAUCAUAAAAAGAUGAGAUUUGUUUGAUAUACUAUUAGGGAAAACUACAAUGUAGUAAUGACAAAUGUAGUAAAACUAUACAGAAUGUUAUGGAAGAUAUUUUUCAGUGCAAAAUUAUAAUGAAAAAACAUGAAAUUGAUUUCCUUAUCAAGAUCUGUUAUUGAACAUUCAUUAUUGUUGUGUUAAUUUCUAAAAAGAUUUUCUUUCUUUCUGAAAGAUAUUUAUCAAUAAAUAUUUUGUGUAUAAACUGUGAUUUUUGUGAGGGAAGAGUGGUAGAUAUUGUUUAUUCUUUAUGUGAUUGGGAAGUGCUGUUUCUUAGAAUUGUUUUCAUCAAAUGAUAUAGCUGUAAAAUCACUCUCUGGAUUUUAGAAUUGCUGAUUAGUCAAUAUAUAUAUAUAUAUAUAUAACCAAGGAACUUUAAUAUCUACUCAUAAAGGAGUUUUGAACAAAUACAAUUGCCUGACUUAAUUGAUUUCUUAUCUAUUCCAAAAAAGAGGAGAGGAAGAAAAAGAAAAACAUGCCACAAUGAAAUUUCCAUGAGUAAAUAUAAGUCAUUGCUGAUUUUCAGUUGAUUAAUUGGACAAAACACUGAUGACAAAGUCCACCAUCAUCUGUAUUGUUUUCAUUGGAAAUCCAAACAAUAUGUUUUUAUCAAAUUCCCCAUUAUAUACCAGGGAACUCAUCUCACAACAUUGAAUUAGGGUUAUGUGUUAACACUCUGGGAUCAUGUUAAGUUAAUUAUGACAAUAUUGAUUUUGAUGUUUGAUUAAUGAUCCUGGGUGAAAUGUGAGUGGAUGCUAUCUCUUGACUGAAAUGGUGUCAGGAAGAUCAACAGAAUUAACAAAUAUAUUAAUGUAUGACUUGUGCAAAUCAAUAGAAGUUUUAGACUUGUAUAUAUACCAGGGAGUAUAACUUCAUCUUGGUUAAAUACCAUAGUCAGCUUAUGUGAUGAGAAAGCCAUGUCCAGGUUGAUAAUUGACAGAUAAUGUCUGCGUUUGAUAUUAUAAAUUUUUACCAUUAUAUGAUAUAUUACAUAUAAUUAGUAAUGGAUGAGUGAAUUAUGGAUGUGCAUCAGUGACCAUAAAGUGUCAUAUUAUUUAUUGAUUUAUUGAUUCCAAAUGUGAUUGUAUUGUAUGUAUUGUGCUUAGUAUAGAAUGUAUGAUUAAAGCACUUUAGCUUGUCUCUGUAUUUAUCAACACUGUUAUGUGAUCUAUCAUGUGACAAGUGUCGUCAUCAGUUGACUUCAGAUUUGCAAAGACAGGUGUCAUUUCAGUUCAAAAUUUAUGAAUGUCACAUCAUGUCACAAUAUUACAUCAUCUUGUAGUAUAUAUAAAAUGUGAUACCUAGUCAUAAUUUUUUCUUGAGAUCUUUUAACUACAUAUUUCAUUAAAUGAAGAUGUAUACAGGUAGGUUAUACAUUUUUGAACAAACAUUAAGUCUUCAAUAGGUUUCAAAUGUGCUGUUGUAUUGUAUGACUUCCACAUUCUCUUCUUUUUGUGUGUAUGUAUGAACAGGUUGGCAUGACCAUCUGUUAUUGUUGGGAAUUAUAUUGGUUGUAAUUUAGAUGGCUAGAUGACACAUGUCACAUGUUCCUGUUUAACCCAGAUGUUGUUAUGUCUUGUGAUAAUCACAAGACACAUUUAUGUAAAGUGUAUACACAAAUAAAUAUAGAAGUCAAAAUGGUGAA